ACUUAACAGCAGCACCACUACAUCGUAAAAUCCUCUUUGAGCAAGUAUCAAUUGCUGCGUCGGAACUAUUGGGGAUACAACUUUUCUAAAAUGCGUUAAGCAGCAGUGUACUAUGCGAUCGAACGAUGAGACACAUAUAAUGCCAUAUAAGUUUUUGAGAUUGUACACGGAAAAAUGGAAACAAUAUCCAAGAAAUCCUUGAUAUUGGCUGCGUUGUUUGUUUACAAUGCUGUCGUCGUCGCCGCUGUCACAGUUGAUGUGCCAAACUAUAAGCCUGGUUGCAGCACCGUCUACAGUUCGAGGAACGCUACACUGCAGUCGCCGGGAAGAGCUGUAAAGGGAGCGGAGGAGUUGGUGCCGAUACGAACGUGGCAGGAGCAUGAGUUCUCGCUGCUGGGUUACAAGUUCCAUUUGCCAUUUGUCGGUCAUGCUGUGGACUCGGAUGUGGACGAUGGCUAUAGCCUCGAUGAUGCCUGGCUGUUGGAUAAUAGAGCCCAGACAUUAUAUGUUCAACAGGAGGACCAAGAGCAGGAGAGUUCUGAGGAAGGUGAUCCUGCCAACAGCAUCGUAAAGCUGCGCUGUCAAAAUGUCAGCGUAGCUGAAAUCAAUGCCCAGCUGCAGCUCAAUAGCCAGAUGAACUAUGAGCAGAUAUCGCUGAUGCAUGUACCGGGCCAUGCUGACGCAGUGCCGCUGAAAUUGCAACAAUAUGAUAGUAUACAGAAAUUUAAAUGGACGGUUAGUUCAUUACACGAUGAAACACUGCAACGGCUGUUUGUGCAGUAUGUGACACGCUUCGAAUCGGUUGAAUCACUGGACUUUAGUGAGAAUUUGCUUAGCUGCAUCCAUUGGGCGCAGCCGCAGGCGAUGCGACGUCUUCAAGUACUUAAGCUGAGUGGGAAUCGCUUGGCCCACAAUUGCAGUCUGAGCGAACUGCAGCAUAUGAAUCAUCUGUUGGAGCUGCACUUGGAUCGCAAUGGGCUGCACGGUUUACCCGUGCAGUUCGUGCAGCACCUAAGCGAGCUCCGACUGCUGAAUCUUAGCUAUAAUCGAUUGAUCGAGCUGCCACGCAACACAUUCGAGGGUGCACUUCAGCUGGAGUCGCUGCAUCUCUCGGGCAACCAGUUGACCGUUUUGCCCUUUCAGCUUUUCCAGACGGCACGUGAACUGCGCCACUUGGAUCUCAGCAAUAAUCGUUUGCUCUCAUUCCCGGACAACUUCUUUGCACUCAACAAUCAAUUGCGUCAGCUCCUGCUGCAGAGAAAUCAAUUGAAGUCCUUAGGCAAGCACAGCCUAUAUAAUCUACGCCAGCUGCGAAUUCUGGAUCUGUCACAGAAUGAGCUGGGAAGCAUCGAUCGCAAGGCUUUUGAGUCUCUGGAACAUCUGGUGACUCUUAAUAUAUCUGGCAAUGAACUAACCGUACUGUCCUCCAUCAUAUUCCAGCCACUCGGCUCAUUGCAGCAACUGGACUUGAGCCGGAAUCAGUUCAAGCAAUUGCCUGACGGACUCUUUCAGGCGCAGCGUAAGUUGGUGUUGCUGCGCAUCGAUGAGACGCCGCUCGAAGAACUGCCCAAUUGGAUUUCGCGCGACGAGGACUACGUAGAUGGGCAAAUACUGCAACGCCUACGCUACUUAUCGAUGCAACAGAAUCUGCAGCUCACUCAGCUGCCAGCCACAUUGUUUGGCAACGUGCGCAAUCUGCGCGAACUGCUGCUGGCCGAUAAUAGUCUUACCAAGUUGCCCCCACAGAUUGCCAGCUUGUCGCGUCUGCAGCGGCUGAGUGUACGUGGCAAUCGGUUGGGCUCACUGCCCGAAGGCCUCAAAGAGUUAAACCAUCUGCACUAUUUGAACAUCUUGGGCAAUGAAUAUCAAUGUGACUGCAGCAUGUACUGGCUGUCCAACUGGUUAACAAAUGCGACGACCUCUCUGCGACGGGCAACACCAAAUGCCAGUCGCAGUCUGGACUCGUAUGAGCAUAUUGAUAACCAGAUUGAUGCACUGAAAUGCCAAUACGGUUAUCCCGGCGACAUGCUGCGCGUGUUAAGCAAUCUCAAUUGUACCGUACCAGUUGUGGUGCAAUCUUCAGAGCCCAAGAUGUACAGGUUGCAUGCCACAGCCAAGCUAGAGUGUAUGGUUUAUGGCAGUCCUACUCCAGAUAUUAUUUGGGUGACACCACGCCACAAGAUUCUACGGCAUCAUGCCGAUCCCGACAAACGGCCCACCAUCAUCAACAGCGACAAAGAGCAUCAGCCGAGUAAGUUUGAACUGUUUGCCCUGACGGAUGACAGCAACACCAAAUCGCUGCACAUGAACAUCAGCCGACAGAAGACGAUUGUGGGUCAGCGCGUGGUGCUCAUUGAGAACGGCUCGCUGCUCGUGCACAAUAUAUCGCGUGGUGAUAGUGGCCUAUACACCUGCUACGCCUUUAAUGUGAUGGGGAAUUCAUCGGCAGGCAUUAGACUCUACAUCGAUCCCAUUGUAUUUUAUCGCGUUAAAAUUGAAAGCCUUCUGGCGGGUACUUUACUUGCCACGGCAUUUUUGUUGCUAACACUUUUGGUGCAAGGCUUACGCAGCUGCCUACAGCGCUGUGGACUCUGUGAACGCUUGAGCUGUUGUGCGAAUCGCAAUAAAAGGUCACCACGAUCACGGCAAAUUUAUGCCAUGCUGGAUAGCAUUGAGAACUACAAGAGCCAGCAGUUGGAGCGUUUGCGUGAGAAUUAUGCACAACAAGUGCAUCGCAUACGGGAGAAUUGUGCACUACAAGUGGAAUGGAUACAGAGCAGCUAUACAACACAGGCCAAGCACGUCAAAGAGUUCCGUGACAUGGGCUCUAAUCAUUUGACCGCACUAAAAGAUCAAUAUUACGAUCAGGUGAAGAAGGUGCGCGACUAUUCCACUGGCCAAUUGAGUUGGGUGCGCGAGAACUAUGUCUUCCAGCGCAAUAAGAUCCGUAAGUUUAGUGCCCAUCAGGUAUUGCGACUACGUGAGGGCUACAAGUACCAGCAGCAAUCAUUGAACAAGGUAUUGGAAAAUUUGCCCAGCUUUUACUUUGAAAACUGCCGCGGACGCUGCGAAGAAGACAUUGUCGAGGACAUAGACUGUUACUUCAAGAGCCAAAUGGAGAAGGAACUGCACAUACAGAAAAUCAAAUCACUGAAAGCCGCCAACAAUUCGGCUAGUAAGGCUUCCGUCUACUACACGCCGCCAGAUGACGAAUUAUUCCAGAGCUCCGAGCUAAAUCUGCAAGCCUCACCAAUACACAUUAACUAUAUUGAUGAGAAUCUGGACCAGAAGAAGCUCGAUUUGCAUGACUUCAAAAUGGAUCCGCAUCUGUUGCUCUUUAGCAAAUCGCAAUUAAAUGUUUAUCCAGAGGGCUCGAGCAGCAGUCAGGCAGCUGCCAUGGCCCUUGCUCUAGCUGCUUGCAGUAUUGAGGAUAACAAUCAGAAUGCGCAGCUGAUGGAGGAGAAUAGCAUUAGUAAUGUGGAGAUGGGUGAACUGAAGGAUGCGAGCGAUGUUAAGAAUUCCAAAUCGUGUCCUGCUAUUUAUAAGGUAUCCAAACAGCGAGACGGUAGCACACUGCACGAGCUACUCACCACAGACGGUGAGCCACAUCAAAUGGUUCAUCUAAAUCCAGUCGAUGAGACCUCAUUGACGAUGUUGCACUUGCCAAAGGAUCAGCUCAACAUCGUUGAGGAGGACGGUGACGGGGCCGCGCUAUUUCCAAAUCAUCAUCCGAUGAACACCGAACAAAGCAAGGAUUCCAAAGUGGCAGUCUCGACAGAACAAUGUGAAUCCGACAGCAGCCCGGACAGCUGCUGUGCAUCAUCCUAUGUGACCGCAAAUGCUACCCCUUCAACCCCUGCUACCACUUAGAGAUUUUAUUAAUUUUAAUAUAUAUAAUUUAAAAAGCAAAAACAAAAUGAUUGGACCCUGAAAGCACAUUCAACUGAAGUGUUAAUGUUUCAAAUGUGUUUAAUGAUGAAGGCAUCAAACAAUAAUUGCGUAUAGAAUUAAUUAGUGCAACUUAAAGAAUUCAAAUGCUGAAAAAAAUGAAAUAAAGCCACUUAAAAAAAAAAAAAA